CAGUUUGACUUACGCCUUCCUUUCUUUUAGGCUAUAUCAAAAUCUUCAACUCGCGCUCGUAUUAUAAACAAAUAGAAAAUAAUUAUCGAUUAAUAAUAUUCGCAUCAUCGGUGGUGAUUUAAAAAAAAAAAAAAAAAAAUCCCUCAGUUUCUCUCCACAACAAAAAAAAAAACCAAUUAACCGUGAAGUGAUCAAUUUUCUACAUAGUGAAUGGAUUUGAUCAAAACAAUAUGUGAAAAACCGCAAAGUUUCAGUUUAAAAAUAUGUAAUUAGGGUCUUUGUUCAAGUGCGUUUAUGAGUUUAAUUGAGUGACGUCACAUCGUCGCAGUGUGCGAUCACAUUUAUGAAAUAUAAUGUAGAAUACUUUAUAGUCAUGAGGAGACUGGAUCAUCCAUUUUUUCAAACAUUUAUCACAGUGUAUUGAAGUUUAUAUUUUUUUUUUUAAAUCUAAAAAAAUAUCGAAGUGUUUUCAAACUUUAAUGUGAAAAGAGUAAAAAUAAUAAAACUUUCCAAAGACGAGUGACAACAAAAAAGUGAAAUAAAGCAUUAGUUUGAAGAGUACAACUAUGCUUUAGUGAAGGAAAAAAAAGGGCUUUUAAUAGUGAAGGAUUUUCAAAUGAUGCUAGUGCUUCUACUUUGCGUCAUCAUGAAGAUAGCAGAGUUCUCUGUGGGGCGAGUUAGUCCCCCUUUACAAACUCAAACACGACCGCCACAUCAGCCAUGUUGCAAUAAACGAAAGCGUCGAGAUCGACGACAAUGCCGGAAGUCCAAUGACAAAUGCAAAUGCUGUUUUCUAAAACGUGCUGGCAAGGGAACCACGACAAUGGAGGAUCCGCAGACACCAGGCUCCGAUUGUAAUUCCAACCCAGCCACAGAUCCAAUUGCACAGGAUCUUAUUGGUUCUGAAUUCGUGCAAGACAAUUCCGAGUAUCAAUGGUUCAUAGACAGUUACAGAGAUGGAGGACUACAUGUUCAUCAUAGUGUUCUUUCCUCGCUCUCUGCAUCCUACACUCGCGAUGAUUUGGGUUAUUAUGACGACCUUGCACGAAACUUGGAUGCCAAUUUGGCAGAAGUCGACAUGGAGAGCUUUCGUACCGCUGAUAUUCACACUCUCCUCACUGCUCUCCCAGUUAUGUGCACAGAUCCAGUUCAACAUUCAGAGUUUAACUACCAAAGGGAACGGUACGCCAGUAUUUCUGGCUCCGUGAUGGAAAAACUUGACAUUGGUUCCUCAAUUAGUCCUCAUACCAGCCAGGGAGAAGAAUCAGCAUGCUCGACAACAGACACAAUAUCGAUCUGCAAGUCCUCGUUGUUGUUUUCCCCGGUGAAAGAAACUCCAGUCCUACCACCGGGUGGAAGUUAUAGUGUCGAUUCAUUGGAUUGCGAGGAUAUGUUACUCACGUGUCAGACAAAUAACAAGAACAACUAUACAAUUGCAUUCGAGGGCAGUAUCACCAUGUACUCGGAUGGUUCUCAAGAUUUUGAUGGUCAUGACAAGCAAAAAGUGUACGAAGCACCAGUGACUUAUAAUGAUAAAACGUUGGAUUUAAAAAAUAUCUUAAAUUUAUCUAUGGCAUGUUCCGAUUCAAAAAUUUAUACAACCUGGAGUAAUCUGAAACAUUCGUCCAUCAAUAAAGCCAUGACACGACAUCCAUCUGGAAAUAAUAAUACUAUUCCAAAUUUCUUACAAGGCGCUGGUAACAUUCUUCUGAGCAACGCUAAACGGAGCCAGAGUCUACCGGAUUUAUCCAGGACCCAUGAACUUCAACAAAUCAAUGUACCUCUUAAUUUUUCCGUGGACUCAGCAACGAGCAACCACACAGGCGCUCUACAAAGUUCCGGAUCCGUAAUGAGUCGUUCAGUGACCGAGGAGAGUUCAGAUAGUGUUGGCAAUGUUUCAUCAUCAAAAAAGCUACACAAUAUGAGCUUAGUGAAAUUAUUUAUGAAACAAAAGAGCAUGAGCGCCGAGGGAAUGAGUUUAACUCUCGAUCAAUCGGAUUCUGUCAGUGAAAAUGGUUGGCCAACGAGUAACAGUGACAGUGGUACAAAUACACAAAUUCAUCGACAAAAUAUUAAUAAUUCCGAUCGUCAAGAAUUGACGGAAAAUGAUUUCACCAUUAAUUGGGUUAAAACAGAGCAUUACAGCGGUUCCGAGACGCAAACAGAUAAUAAUUUAAGUGACAUUCCAAAGCAUCAGAAUUCAAUUCGCAAAGAAUUGUCAAAUAUUUCAAAUGGAGAUUUAACAGAUAGUACAACAAAAUCAACAUCAGCACUCGACAGUCAUUCGGAAGUUGAAAGACGUCCAAAAAAUGCAUGGUGUGACGCUACAACACAAGAGAAACGAUAUUCAAGGACAAUGGGAAUUCAAGCAAUCACUGAAGUUGAGGAUAAUGCUGUUCAAACAUCACUUGUCUAUCCAAUUCCCGAGGUGAAAGCCACAAAUACAAUUCAAGAAAUGCACGUUGACAAAAAAUCCGUCUACGUUGUCUAUCCAAAUUAUACACUUCCGGAUCUUUCAUUUCUCAACAGUUCGAAUGAAAAAUUUGAGAAUAUCGCAUUGAAACCACAAAAUUUCAAUAAGGAAAAAACAUGGAAGAAAUCGACUAAAUCAAAUAGACCAUUCUCGUGUAAUGAUAUUGAUGCAUUGAAACAAAGGGGAUUUUCACAUGUUAAAGAUUGGGAAUCACUUACUUUUCUUUUGCCCAAUGAUUAUAAGAGAAUUUUACACGAUGUACCGGAAGUUCCACAACAUAUCAAACUUGGUGAGGAGGUGAGAAAACCACUUUUUUGCCUAUCACCGCCAAUGAAGUCGAGACGACGUGUCAUUAGUGAAAUUGUGAAUAAUGCAUCGUCAACAAGUAGUACAGCAACUCAACCAUCAUCAGGAUAUAGAGGAUCGUCGACUCUACUCACGGAUUCGUCAACAAAUCAACAGACAUUCAAUAGCGCUGCUAAUCCACUUUAUCUCUAUCGAUACGAUAGUGCGAGCUCAGAAACAAGUCAGGAAAUUACAAACAGAUAUGGAAUUCAAAAGGGAGUGGCGGGUCCAACCCUUCCAAAGAGAUCGAAAUCAUUGCCGCAGGGUGAAAAGGAUUCAAGUGAUUAUACCGGUAAAGUUCCACCGCGACCACCAUUGCCAAGAAGUAUUUUACGAAAGAAUAAAGUAACAAAAAGAUGUAGUAUGUUUGAAAUGGGUGAUGUCGAGGAGGUUGAGGACAAAUGUUUAGAAACAAAUAAACGGAUGUCAAUGCCCGAGCCCUAUUAUAUAAAUAAUGAUCUUCAUCUUUUGCGAAAUGAUAGAAUAGACGAUUCAGAUAAGGAUGUAGACGAGAUUGAGGAGAGAUUUCAAAUUGAGAGACUUAAGGAAAUGGUCGAUCGUAUUGAUGAUCGAUCAUCAAUGGACAGUAGUGAGGAGGAUGUUAAACAAUUGGAAGAAUUUUUAAAACGCAGUGGAUUCUCAUCGCAAAGUAGUGAUGGCGAUGAAAAUAGUGAUACAGAUGUGAAAUUACGAUCGUAUGUUCGUAAAUUUUUAGCAUUGCGAAUGAAUAAGGAUAUUUUGAAAACAAUUGAUAUGGGUGAAUCGCAGAAAAAAACUGUAAGUUUUGCAACUGGUGAAAGAAAUUAUUUAACGGACAAUAAUCUCGAUGUGAAAGAAACAAUGAUUGAUGAAACAAAAGAUGAGACUGAUGCAAGAUGUUUUGAUUUGAAUGAAAAGAAACAAUUAAUGUGGCCAGUGAAAAAAGCUGUUGAUGUACUAUUAAAAUAUUGGCACGCAGAGCCAGUACGCAGUCGACAGGGUUACAAUGACAGUAAUGAAUGUUCACAAAUUUCAUUACAAAAUCUUUGCCCACCACUUUAUGCAAUUAUGUCCGAUGAUCUUAAACCACAAUUGAAUUCAACAUUUGGACCAAUGGCAAAUAGUGUAUGGCAAGUUGUUGAGGCAUCAUCACAGCAAGGACCUCUUACAAAAACAUUAAAUGAACUUGUGCAAAAAAUUAAUAGCGAAGAUUUAAUAACUGAGGGAAUGCUCAAAUUUAAUGCUUUUGUUUUUGGAUUAUUAAAUCUUCGUGCAUUGGACGCGUGGUUUGCUUAUUUAUGCACAAGAGAAUCAAUUCUCAGAAAACAUUAUAAUAACAAUAGUCUCUUUGUGCGAGCACUUUCCUGUGGUCAAUCGAGGGAAGUGAUUGACGCAUUACUUGAUAUUCUACAACCAUUGGCCUUCUGUCCAUUUCAACUUGAUUUACUCUAUCAAUAUCGUCAGUUACACAAUAGUUUUGGCAGUAGAAAAAGUGUAUUUCGCAAUGAAACAAAUCCAGAGAGUCCAAGAAAAGCGAGACCACGCUCGUGUAUUAAUUAUGGAUUCGAUGAUAAAUGUCGUGAUCAAAAAGCAGAAAUUGAAAAAGCAGCAAAAAAACGAUGGAGUCAUUUACCAUUGAGUUCGAAAUUUCAUUUUGAUAGGAUAGGAUCAGAGGACUCAGAGGAGUACACCGAUAGUUUGGAGCAUUCACCAUUAAAUAGAGCUUCCGCUAAAUCAAUAUCACGAUUGCGAAGUCCAGAGACGCGUGUCAUUGAUGAUGAGGACGAGGUAAUUCCUGCCGAUGUGAAAUUUCGUAAAUUACAAGAAAAAUGGGAAAUGGUAUUGGGUAAAGAUGAGAGUAAGGAACAAAUUGUACCACCACCAUCAUCACCCAAUAGGACACCAACGUGUAAUAUUGGAAAAUCAAAAAUUCCCCGCCUCUUAACGUCGCCGAUAAGAACAUUGAAUUUAACAAAUGCACAAGGAAAAAAUACAAAAUCACCCGUCACGGGGAUACCGGCAUUGAAGAAGACGCCAACACAGGUGCCAAAGACAUUACCGAAGAAGCCCGAUUCACGGGGAGCUAAGGACGUGACGAAAAGAACGAGUCGCGUCGAUCAAGAAAUGGUGAAUAUUGGAAAAACACAUUUAACGAGGCCGAGUUCUCUACCUUAUAAAACUUAUGGAAUGACCAAGGAUAAGGCAAUGAUUUCGCCUCAUAGACGAGCUGCGUCCACAUCAUUACCGAGACCAACGUCUGCUGUUAUCACUAGAAAUACUCCGGCUAAACAAACGCCAAAAUUGGUGCGAACGUUAACUCACAGAUAUUCAUCGGAUGAUGGACAUCUUGCAUUCAGCGAAGGCGAGAAAUUGAAAGUCAUUUUGGAAGUUGACAACAAAUGGUUGUUGUGCGCAAGGGGCGAAAGAAAGGGUUUAGUACCAAGAGCGUGUGUUCACGCAAUACAAACCUAACCCUUAGCUUGACAUCGCCUUUCGACGAUUAAUCAACACAAAUUCGAUUACUAAACAAAAAAAAAAAAAUUAUUUAAUAUAAUACAAAAGAGCAAAUUUUCUCAAAUUAAAAAGGAAAUUUAAUCACGCAUUUUAUAGAAUCCAAAAUUAAUCGAGUUUUCUCUUAUAUAUAUUUAUAAACUCCCUUGAGUUUGGAUUCUUGAAAUGUUUCACGCUUUUUAAAUGAGACACUCAAUUUUAUUUGUUAAUUUUUCAAUUUUAACAUUUUUUUAAAUUGAAAAAAUAUGUAAAAUUUAAAACAAAAGAAAGUGCGAGAGGAGAAAAAAAACCACAAGCAAAGAGAAAAAGUAUGCAUGUAUAGUGUAUGAGAGAGAAUCGAGUAUUGUUUUUUUUUUGUUUUUUUUUUCCAUUAAACAAAUAAGACAGUCAACUUAGUUACCUUUUUAAUGUUAAAAAAAUUUUCGAAAGAGAUUGAACGCUUCGUUUAUAUAAUAUUGAAAACUGCAGUAGUAUUAUUAUUGAUUAUUAAUAAUUAAUGUCGUAAGAAUUAUAUAGAGAUACUGCUAGUCAUAGGCUCUCGAACCAGAAAUGUAUUUAAUAAGUUUGAACAUACAUUAUUUAUAAUAUCCCAGAGAUGUACAUAAAAUUCUAUACAGUAUAAUUGUAGCGACGCUGGUUUAAAUGAUUGCGAUUAUAAUAAUAAUAAUAAUGAAGAAGAAGAAGAAAAAGAUAAAAAGAAGUGACGUCGAGUAAAAUAACAGAUAUAUCAUAACACUAUAAAUGUAACUGUGAUCAUAGCAAAUAGGUUCGUAAGUUUAUUAAGAUUAAUGCGGAUGUGCGAGACGAAAAAGAAUUUUUGUUACAAAGAUUUAUCAAACGUUUUUUAAAACAAAAACAAAAAAAAAAAUGAAAAAGGCAAUUUUUAUAUUUUAUUCAUUUCGCACAGGUCUCGGGAGAAGAUUAUUUUCUAUUUUGAUGUAUCAUUGGCUUUACAUCGAUUUUAUUUGCUAUUUCACGAGAUAUUUUUUUGUCCAAGUUUCUUUUUAUUUUAACUUGGAUUUUUCUUAAAAAACAAAAACAAAAAAAAAAAAAAACGAAAAAAAAUAGAGGAAAUUUAUAUUUGAAUGUUUUUCUUUCUUCUUUUAUUUGUUGUAAACUCAUAAUUCUGAGAAGCAAAUUUGUGAUGUUUUGAAAUUGAUUUUUUGAAUUAUUAAUAUUUUUAAAUUAUUUUACAACGCUUUUUUAAAUGUUCUAUUCAAUGUCGAAUAAUUUUUAUACGUUUAAGUGAAAAACAAAAAUUAUUUCUUUUUUUCAAUAUUCACGAACAAUAACUUUAUCGAAAAUAUACAUUUUAAAAUUACAAAAAAAAAAAAUUGUUAUGAUCAUUAAAGGAAUUUUCUGUUCUCUCGACAAAUUGCUUGAAAUGUUGAUCUGCGUAUAUUGGGGAAAUAUAUAUAUAUAUAUUCAUAUAUAUCACUCGUAAAAAAAAAUAUCGCUGGAUACACAUCUGCCUUGGAUGACAUUUAUUAAUGCGUAAAUAAUAAAUAAUAUAAUGUAUAUGUUUACACAAAUAAAACGUCAAUACCUAUA